UGAAGUCCAUGCAUGUGCAACGCCUUCCUCACAGCCACACACCUACGAAUGAAGUAUACAAAUCAACGCGCCAACAAUGGAAUUAUUCCACGAUCCAGGAUUAUAUUCACCAAUAUAAGCAGCUCAAGAACGGACCAUAUCACUCUGAGAAAACCAAAGGAUAGUAGUGCUAUAACGAUGGCAUCGUCUUCUCCUCCGGCCAUCGUGAUCCAGAUGCCUUCUUCGCAGACCAACGCGACAGCACCGCCGACACCUAAGGGAACCGAUGAACCCCCAACCAUGCCGAUGGCGGCAGAGAGCUCCGCCGGAACAACGACAGACAAGGUGAUGGCGACCGCGUCCAACCUGGCGCAGCUCCUGCCGACGGGCACGGUGCUGGCGUACCAGGCGCUGUCCCCGUCCUUCACCAACCACGGCAACUGCAGCGCCUCCAACAAGUGGCUCACGGCCGUGCUGGUCGGCGUCCUUGCCGCCUUCUCCCUCUUCUUCUCCUUCACCGACAGCGUCGUCGGCCGCGACGGCAAGCUCUACUACGGCGUGGCCACGCCUCACGGGUUCAACGUGUUCAACUUCUCUGGGGAGGAGGAAGAGAGGGAGUGGGCGCUCGGCGAGCUCCAGAAGCUCCGGCUUCGCCCCCUGGACUACGUGCACGCCUUCUUCACCGCCGUGGUGUUCCUCACCGUGGCGUUCAGCGACGUCGGGCUGCAGAGGUGCUUCUUUAACGCUGGUGCCAACACCAACGAGCUCCUGAAGAAUCUGCCUCUGGGGACGGCGUUCCUGUCGAGCUUCGUCUUCUUGAUCUUCCCGACCAAAAGGAAGGGCAUCGGAUACAACGACACAACUCCUCGUCAGAAGGCAUGAUGCGCGGCCGGUUACUCAGUAUUUCAGAUCCGGCCGGUUCAUAUAGGACAGUUGACUCGAACACAAUUCAAAGUUUAGAAUAUAUGUACAUGAUGAUCCGUAGUUUGUUACUGGUAAAUUUGUUGGUUUUGUGCUUCGUUUUUGCAGGAAAAUAGGUAUAUCGUACUUGCGUGUAUAUAGGUAAUUAGGUAUAUGUUUGAUUUGAUAGGUAAAUUCUUUUUCGUACAUAAAUAUAUAGUACAUGUUUGUGAAAUUUUGGUACAAGAAAUGGUGAAUCUAAAGAUAAAAAAAAUGGUCGACAAGUGAUAUCAGUGUAAUAAACCUUGUGUUUUUGUGGAUAAAUUGAAUACUUAAUAGCAUAUAUAUAUUUGGCUU